AUGUUAAAAUGCUAUGAUGAUAAUAGUUAUAAUACUUUCGACAAUCAAUAUCGUCCUUCUCUAGUUCACAAUUGCUAUUCAUGUAUGAUUUUUAUCGAACUAUUACCAACAACAACAAUUUUAUCAAAGAUUAAACAAAAAUCUCUAGUUACUAUUGAUGAAGACGAUCUUGAUUAUUAUCCUAAUAAACGCUUUGCCAACUAUGUUAAUGAAAAUGAUAGUAUUUCUGUACGAACGACACUACAUCCAUUUUUAUAUUAUACACAAAAUGAUCAACAACAGCAACAUCGUUAUGUACCAAAUCGACGUUGUAUUAAAGAACAAGAAUCACCAGUUUAUGGCUAUGAUGACAAAAAUUGUUUUUGUAAUACAGAUUAUUGUAAUGCGAAUAUCGAACGUUGUAAACUUGAAAUAUCAUUUAAACCAAUUUUUCCAUGUUAUGAUGGGUUUACGAAUUCUUUAACAAUACGUCAGAAAUGUCGUAGUUGUCAGAUACGGGCAAUAAAAGCGACCUACUAUAGUUCUAAUUUACAAUAUCAAUGUUUAACAUUUGGAUGGAUUGAUAUUAGCAACAACAACGAUAGUGAACAAAAAAGUUGUACAUGUCAAAAAGCAAUGUGUAACGAAGAUUUUCUUACGUGCAAUCUUCAACGUCAAACUUAUUUGUUUAAAAAAGAUAAAGUAGUAGAAAGUUCCACAGUACCUAUUACACCUUAUUUUAUAUCGAAUCCAUUUUGGAAUCGUUGGACAUCGGCAUGGAAGGCAAAUUAUAAGAAUAAGCAAUACAAUGAAGUUACAGCAACAAAAACAAUCAGUCGAAACUGGUGGUUAACUACUACCAUUGCCACCACCACUACUCCUGCUACUACCACCACUACCACUAUCGCCACUACCACUAUCACCACUACUCCUGCUACUAUCACCACUACCACUAUCGCCACUACCACUAUCACGACUACUACUAUCGCCCCUACCACUAUCGUCACCACCACUAUUGCUACUACUACUACUACUACUACGACCACUAGUACUACUACUAAAACAUCAACAUAUUCAGCAAUACUUAAUGUGGAUAGUGUAAAUUCAUCGUUAGUGCUGACAGAAAAUGUGACAGUAAUGGACUAUAUACCAACAUUAACAUCACCCAACUUUUAUAAUGAGGCUGAUGUCAAAUCGAUAUCGAUGAAUAUGCAAAAUAGUACAUCGAUGAUAGUUGAACAAGAACAAUCCAGUUUUCAAGAGAUAUUGAAAACAACGACACAUUUCGAUUGGACUACUCAGCAAACAACACAGCACAACCAGAUACUUAUGGAUUAUACUAACGACUACGAUUCUGAUCAAAAUAUAGAAUCCGAACAGUUUAAUGAGGGUAGUCUAUCAGAUGUCGAAUCAAGGGAUGAUAUUGCAAUCAAUAAUAGUCUACUCUUAACUAACACAAUUUCAAAAUUAAAUUAUUCACAUCAACAAAAAUUCGAUGAUCUUAGUGAAAGUUUGCCUAUACUAAUUAAUUUAACAGUAGAUUAUUCAUCAAUCGUUAAUUACUCAAACAUUAGUGAGCCGUUGUCGACAACAACCAUGAUUCGUAAUUUUCAAACAUCUUCUGCUGUGAGAAAACUUACUGAAAAUACCAUUGCGUCCGUUCUAGUGAAAAGUUUUACUCAAAAUAUUGAAAAUAGAACCGAAUUCCUUAAUGAUUCUAAUAAUUCAAUAUUUUCAGCUGAAUUCAUACAACUUAGAGGUCGAUAUAACUCAGGAUGCAUCAAAAUCUGUAGUCAUUUGUUUUUAUUUCUUUGUACAGGCAUUCUCUGGAUCUUCCUUUCGGUUAGCUAG